AUGGGCUCGCGAUCGCUGUCUGAUGGGUCCGGAGGUCUCAGUUCGGCCGGUAGAAGCGUUGGAGAUCGACGAACUGGUGGUGCCCCGCGUGGUGAAGGAGCCGUGUUGCUGCAACAUGGUCAGAAUCUAUACCAACAGGGCAACUUUGCGGCGGCUGUUGAGGCCUUUACGGAGGCGCUGAAAGAUAGAGAUUCAGACUUGUUGAGCAUCCUGGAUAGUCGAGCUGCUGCUUAUAGUAAACUGGCGCAGCAUGAUCAAGCACUGCGAGAUACAAAACAAAUGAUAAAAUGCGGUAAAAAUGAUGAACGAGGGUAUUUACGCUGUGCCAAAACCCUCCUGCUGAAUGGCAGGCCGGACAAGGCACUCGAAGUCUACGCAUACGGGUUAAAAUCCCUACCUACAAGCCAUCCACGGCGGCAUUUGGUAGAACAACUACAUAACAAGCUCGGGGAUAAGAUGUCUGCAAAGCUCUUGGAUCCCUUCACUGUCCUUCCAUUAGAAGUUGCUGUCAUGAUUCUUCAGCAUUUCAACUUCAAACAAACAGUGGCCAUCCUCCGCGUUUCGAAGAGAUGGGAUCAGUUCCUCACCUCGAUGCGAAACACAUGGCUGCGCAUGGAUCUAUCAGAAGCUCGUGGCACUCGAGGCAGAGUCCACUGGACUUCAGUCCGGUCUUACAUUCGACGCUCGAAAGGCAUGCUAACACAUGCCAUUGUCAAGAAUAUAUCCCCCCAAUCCACGCAAAGAGUUUUAGAAUUCAUCAGUCGAUGUCCGCAUCUAGAACAUUUCGAGUUCUGGGACUCUCAUGACCCUGCUGCAUUUUACGGGUUGUUCAAGGGCUCGAAACGGUUGAAGACGCUCGUAGUCUCUGCACAUAUGCCAAUGGCGCAGGAGCGAAUCGUGGGGUUCCUCAACGGCAUACCUCAUCUUGAACGAAUAGAGAUUCAUAAUGCCAAACCCUCUCCUGGAACACGGAUGAAAUGGCCUCAAAACCUGCCGAACUUGAAGAGUAUCACACUUGGCUCGGAAGAUGUGGAACCUCCUUCAUUUGGGCCUGCGCUUUUUGUACCUCCUUUAUAUAAUCAUCGACUAUCCCAUGCCAUCCCCAACCUAGAAGAGCUGCGACUUGACUGGUACGGACACGCACUUCAACGCCCGCAUGUCAAUCUCAUGUCAAAGGAUUUCCCCCGCCUACGCAGACUAGACAUAAGUGGUCAUUCCUUCUCAAAUUCGGACGGCUUCUUCCCACCUAAUCUUGAAUACCUCCGUGUUCACGCGUGCGUCGCUGACAUAGACGUCGAAUACCAUCCCGGCCCUCACCUCGCAAAUCUCAAGACCCUCGUGCUCAGCGAUGUCAACUGGCUGCAUGCGCGGAAUCUAAAACAACUCAUUUCUAACACGGAUGGAUCGCUCCGUGUCCUCUGGCUAGAUAGCUGUAUGUGGGUGACCAAUGAGCUUCACGAGGUCAUGCAGGGCUGUUUCGGCAAUAUCACGGAGCUUAGUCUCUCUCGUGUUCCCAAAGUUGGGGAUGCUCUGGUAGGCUAUGUUGUGGCGUUUAUGCCGGAUCUCAAGGUUCUCUAUUUGUCAUACACUGAUGUCAGCGGUCGAGUGAUUAAGAUCCUCGCGGAUGCUCGUAUGACUGGUGAUGAGAAGAGGACGAGGAUCGAUCGUUUGUAUGUCAAGGGUUGUGAAGGGGUUUCUUCUGAUGCGGUUGCUUACGGAAGGGCUCGGGGGAUUGAGAUCUUUACUUGA